AUGGCAGAAAAACACAUGGUUUUGCUCUUUGUCGCGGCCGCCGUCCUCGCCGGGCAAGCUGACGGGGCCGACAUCUGUGAGAAAGCGGAAUACAUGUCGCUGUGCCGGUCUUCCGUGAAAGGCGCCACCGAGCCGGCAGCCGGGUUGCAGGCAGCGAUUGAACACCUGAUAUUGGAAACAAAACACGCGAAAGAGUCGAGCAUGAAGCUGGGCGCUAUGAAGUGUCUAGACGUGUGCAAACAGAACUACGACGACGCCGUUACGGACCUGCAGAAAAGUGUUCAGUACUUGACGAAAAACGACAAGCCUAGCCUGAAAAUCAGCCUGUCUGCGGCAUUGACGGACUACGUCACGUGCGAUGAUGCGGUGAUGGAAAGCGGCAACUCCAAGAAAGUUGGAGACCUCAUGAGCGUCGACGUUGUGCUGCGACAUAUGGCUGCCAAUUGCUUGCACUUGGCCUCUUUGUUGAAGUAA